AUGUAUGCUGUGACUAUUAGUGAUGAGGGUGACUGUUACCGGUGUUUCCCGCCCGACCCGGGCAUUGGUACUGCUGCGCUAGGUGCUUGUGAGGCUGCUGCUCUAGGUGCCAGUGCGUCUGCGCUCUCAGGUACUGGUGAGGCUACGCUCUCAGGUACUGCGUCGGCAUCGGCCUCCCUCACCUUCACACUUGACUUCGGGGCUUCUCGCUCCUUCUUUCGAGACCGCACCACACUCACGCCGCUUGGUCAGCCGAUUGCAGUCUCCCUAGCGGACCCCUCUGGGGGUCCUGUCCUCUCUCACUUCUCCACUGUCCUCCCGUGUCCGGCUGCCCCCUCGGGCACUCUGUCUGGUCUGUACCUCCCCUCGUUCUCGACGAACUUGGAGAGUGGUGCUGACCUACAGGAUGCGGGGGCUCACCAGUUUACUCCUGCGAGUCAGCGGGUCACCCACUGCUCGGACGCCCGCACAGGCCGACACCUGGCCACGUUCUCGCGUCGGCCAAGGUCGAGCCUCUACACUCUGACCACUGAGUCUCCUCCUGUCCCUGCGUCUGGCCAGAUAGCUGCGUCGGGUCAGGUGUUUGCUGCUGCGUCCCGGACCUUCCUGUGUCCCCUGUGUAGAGGGCGGCUGCGGGCUGCGCCUCACUCCUCCCAGUUUCCCCCGACAGAGGCUCCUCACCAGACGCUUCACAUGGACGUGUGGGGCCCGGCCCGCGUCCGUCGUCAGGGUCACGAGCACUACUUCCUGCUGGUGGUUGACGAGUACUCGCGUUACAUCAUGGUCUUCCCCUUACGCAGCAAGGGUGAUGUCACUGAGGUGUUGAUCGACUGGAUCCGCGCAGCUCGUCUCCAGCUCAGGAGGAGCUUCGGCUCGGACUUUCCUGUUCUGCGUCUGCACUCUGACCGAGGUGGAGAGUUCUCCUCUGGCCUUCUGCGAGCCUACUGUCGUGCACGAGGCAUCCGCCAGACCUCUACGCUUCCGGAUUCUCCGCAGCAGAAUGGGAUUGCUGAGCGCCGCAUCGGCAUGGUCAUGGACGUCGCUCGUACGUCCACGAUGCAUGCGGCUGCCCCCCAUUUCCUGUGGCCGUUUGCGGUUCGGUACGCGGCGCAUCAGCUCAACCUUCACCCCAGGGUCUCCCGGCCGGAGACCUCCCCAGCCUUGCUGUGGACGGGGAAGGUCGUCGAUGCGUCUGCGUUCCGGGUCUGGGGAUCUCGGGCGUUUGUCUGCGACUUGUCUGCGGACAAGCUAUCCCUUCGUGCUGCUCCUUGUGUCUUCCUUGGCUUCCCCCCUGACGCGCCAGGGUGGCAGUUCUACCACCCAGCCUCUCGUCGUGUUCUGUCCUCCCAGGACGUCACGUUCGACGAGUCCGUCCCCUUCUACCGCCUCUUCCCCUACCGCACUCCGUCCCUCCCCCCGCCUCCGCACUUCUUGGUACCAGGUCCCCCCCCGGUAGACCCCCUACCCACUCAGGGUCCUGCCCCUUCAGGUGUGUCCCAGGUCGACGCGGUCGAGCAGAUCGAGGUUGCUGGUGACUCUGGUACUGCUGCGGGUGCUGCGUUUGGGGGUGCUGGGUCUGGGGGUGCUGCGAUUGGGGGUGCUGAGCCUGGAGGUGCUACGCCUGGGGGUGCUGAGCCUGGGAGUCCUGCGUUUGGAGGUGCUAAGUAUGGAGCUGCUUCGCCUGGGGGUGCUGCGUCUGGAGCUGCUGAGCCUGGGGGUGCUGAGUCUGGAGCUGCUGAGCCUGGGGGUGCGGAGCCCGCGGCCGCUGGACCUGCUUGUGUGCCGUCUGGCGGUGCAAGGCCUGGUGGUUCUCUCGGUGCUUCGUCUCGGCGGGAGCCACUCUCUCCACAGGAGCUGUGCGAGUGGUUUGCCCGGCGCUGGAGGUGUACUGCUGGAUCUGGAGUUUCUUUGGCCGCUAAGGGUGCUGGAGCUGUUGUACCUGCAGGUACGACUGGUGCUAGUCCUGCGGAGGGUGUUGGCACGGAGGCUACUGCUGUUGGUUCUGCCGGCAGUUCUGCUGCGGAAACUGCUGAUGCUGGUGGUGCUGGUGUUGCCGCUGAGGGUGCUGGUGCUAUCCCUACUGUGUCUAGAGUUGCCGCGCGGCCUCGGCUGUACUUCGUUCCGCUCCUUCAGCAGGUUCUUGGUCUUCCUCCUCCCUUAGAGUGUCCACCGCCUGUCCAGUCACAGUCACAGUUACCGCCAACCUCCCCUCUCCCUGCUCCUUCUCCCUACACUGGUCCUACUGGAGGUCUUGCUGAGCGUCGUGAGCCUGCGUCUCGUCCCACGUCGCCUGUUCGUGCUGCUCGCGCUAGUGGUCGCGGUUCACGUCAGCGUCCUCCUCCUGUCCCUCGCACGCACCGGAUGUCUCUGCGUCCGUCCACUGCUCCCCUGCGUGCCCUUUUGCCUUCCCCUCCUGCGUCCUCUCUUCCUGCGCUUGCCGACCCAGAGUCGGACUCUCUUCGCGCUGCCAGUCCUACUGUCACGCGUCUUCUUGCUACUGUCGUCACUGACCCCUCUUUUGAGUCCUCUGCUGCGUUUGCUGUGGCUGCUGAGCUCGUCGACUUUGCUGCUCGCUGUCGCCUAGACUACGCUGCUAGUCUUGUUGCUGAGUUUGCGUCUGUCGGUCCUCCGUCCGUCGGGGGUGAGUGUGCUCGGCACGGACGUCCUUGA